AAUCAAAGUACUUUCUUUUUCAUUUUAUUCUUUGAAUGAUUGUAUGUUUAUACCAAAGACGAUUCAGUAAGUUGGUAACAAUUUAUUAUCCACAUUCCUUAGUUUAAGGGAGUGAAGACGAUUUGGCCACGUAAAGAUGUAUAAUCCACUAUACAACCGAUUGGAACAACCUUCUUACAUGAUUUCCAAAACUUCAAUUCAACCAAGAAAAAUCCCAAUUUGUAUUCUGAUUUCCUAGUUUGACCAUACUUAAAUAUAUAACAUAAAUAGCUGAAAUGGCUAAUCGUUUUCCAAUCAUUCUACACAACAGGCUCCCCAUUUUGGCGGGUGUUCAUAUCAAUGCUUCAGUUUCUAGUUUUAGUAUCAACAGUUGCGGUCAAUUUUCUAAAACACUGAAGAGGAGUAAGAAUUUAAGCAGCUACAGAGUACCUCGGCGACUGGUUUUCGGAAUUGGAGUUUCAUUUUGGUCACAAUUCAUAAGCAUGGCUGGCAAUUCUGGCACUAAUUCCAUCAUCGCAUCAGCCAGGACAAAAGGUGCUGUUGAACAGAUACUGGAAAACGUAGAAUGGCCCGAACAGUUUCCAUUCAAGGAAGAAGAUUUCCAGCGUUUCGACGAAUCAUCGGAUUUAAUUUUCUAUGAAGCUCCACGUUUUGUAACCCACAUCGAUGAUCCAGCCAUUGCAGCUCUUACCAAGUAUUACAAAGAAGCUUUUCCACCAAGUAACACUCCAGGGGUAGCUCUUCUUGACAUGUGUAGUAGUUGGGUGAGUCAUUUUCCUGCAGGCUAUAAGCAAGAACGAAUUGCAGGUAUGGGUCUUAAUGAAGACGAGCUCAAAGCCAAUAAAAUUCUCACUGAAUAUGUGGUGCAAGAUCUAAACACGAACCCUAAGCUUCCAUUUGACGAUAAUUCCUUUGAUGUUAUCACAAACGUGGUUAGUGUUGAUUAUUUGACAAAACCGAUUGAAGUGUUCAAGGAGAUGAGUCGGGUCCUUAAGCCAGGUGGCAAGGCUAUAAUGAGUUUUUCAAAUCGGUGUUUUUGGACAAAGGCGAUAUCAAUAUGGACAUCAACCGGUGAUGCGGAUCAUGUUAUGAUAGUUGGAGCAUAUUUUCACUAUGUGGGAGGAUUUGAACCACCCCAGGCUGUAGAUAUAUCUCCGAAUCCUGGGCUGAAAACUAGGCCUAUGAAGCUAAUAGGUUUCUCACUUGGAGCACACACAAUCUUCAAAUGUCUUCAAUAUCUAGCAGAAACUAGACACAUAAAUUGCUAAUUCUAUGGAAUCAGGUUUGGUGUAGCGGAUUCUGAUGGAUUGACAAAUAUUAUCAUUUUGCUAGAACCGGAUUUUGAUUUUUUUUUUUUAUUUUUAUUUUUAAUUAUAAAUUUAAUUAUCAUUUUGUUUAGUGGUUCCAGCAAGUUGAUGAUUUUAUAUGUCAAGUGGUUUCUUCAUAAGGCUUUGUUUAUAUGUUGAUUUUAUAGUUCUUUUUAGGGUUUAAUAUAAGAUAUAUCAAUAUAUUUCCAUCGAUUUGUUUGUUUUAGCAUUCUACUUUCAUAUCUUCCUAUUAUAGGCUUAUAUCAUUGCUAUUUUGAAUAGUUUAUCGAAUUAUAGCAAUGUUGUCAAAAUACAAUGUAAUUUUAACUUCAAAUGGGUAGAUUUUCAAAGUAGAGUGCCAUAAUAAGAAAAAAAACUUAAAGAAGAAUGCUAUAAUUGUGUAAAUUUGUCAACAGUAUGAAAGUAAAUUUAUUCGAACAUGACACCUUGAAUGAUUCUGGAAUGUCAAAUUGAAAAAAUAAAAAGACAAAUCUGAGAAAUUUCAUUCAUUACUUUCCAAAAAAUAGCAAAAAUAAUAAAAAAUAAAUAAAUAAAAA